GAUUAGCUGAGCCUUUGGACCUCGAAGUCCCCAAAACCAUCAAAUUAGUCCCCUAGGAAGGACAGACAACGGCGACCAUGGACGCCGCCGCGGCCGAUCUCGAGGCGCGGCAGCUGCGGAUCCUCCGCCGCGUCGCGGACCUCGAGCUCGCCGCGCAGCAGCACCGCCUGGGGGCGCUAUCUAUCUCCGCGGCGCCCUCGGGGGGCGAGGCGGAGACGGGCGCCACGGAGGCGCGGCUCUCCUCCAUCCUGACCGCGCGCGGCGUGCUCGACUUCACCUUCCGGCGCGUGCCCGCCGACUACUACGACCGCCCUCUCGAGGAGCGCCGCGACCUCCUCCGCGCAGAUUCAGUCAAUCAACUCUGCAAGAGCAUCGUCAUGGUGAAUACACAAGCUGCUGCAGAUGUUGUUGACUGCAGCAAUCCAAAGAAUUCAAAAUAUUAUGUCGUUGUUGUUCAGUAUAUGGCACGGCUUAAUGCAGACAGCAUCAAGAACUUCAUCUAUUCCCUAAACGAGAAGCAGAUACCCAAGAAGAGAUUUAACAUGAGGCUGGCACCAGAAGAGGAGUCACUCAAGCUUACAGGGUUUGUUCACAAUGCUGUUACAUGCAUUGGAAUGGAAACAGACAUACCGGUUAUCAUUGAUGAAGCUAUUACCAAGUUAGAUAAGGAUUUCUUCUGGCUGGGUGGUGGAGAAGUUGACCUCAAGCUUGGGGUGCGGACCUCACAGUUCCUAAAUGCAUUCAAACCAUUUGUGGUGAAGUGUAGUUAGUGAUAACUGUACAACGGAAGAGAAACUUUGAAUCCAUGUGGUUUUACCAUCUUGAUGAACACAUGAGACAUCGCCAGGGAUGUAAACCAAUAGGUUUUUGCUUGGAUCUGGGGUUGGGAUGUCUGUCUUUUUUAGAGCAGGCGUUUCUGUUCCAGUUGCACUUCUCGCAUUAGUUACACUAUUUUGGUAAGAUUGAUGCAGCAAAGGGGGCAUUCUUGGGAGAAUUGAGAUAAUUGGCACAAGUGGGCAUGUACUAAAAACCUUUGUAGUUCGUGCCUUCAAUAUACUAGGAUUUACUCUCAGUUUUGCGUUUCUAAUCA